CCCAGAGGGACCCUGGGGACACAGCGGGGACGGGGGGCUGACAUCGCCCUCGGUGCCCGCCCUGACCCAGUUUAGGAUGGCGGGGCCCGGCCCGGUGCCCUCGUCCUGCGACUGCUUCGUGGCCAUGCCCCCGCACACGGCGUUCCCCGCCGUCAUCUUCGCCAAGAACGCCGACCGGCCCCGGGACGAGGUGCAGGAGAUCGUCUAUGUCCCCGGCGCCACCCACCGGCCCGGGGACAAGGUCCAGUGCACGUACGUGCAGAUCGAGCAGGCCGAGCGCACCCACGCCGUGCUGCUGAGCCGCCCCGCCUGGCUCUGGGGGGCCGAGAUGGGCGCCAACGACUGCGGGGUCUGCGUGGGCAACGAGGGCGUGUGGACCCGCGAGCCGCUGGGCGAGGCCGAGGCGCUGCUGGGCAUGGACCUGGUCAGGCUGGGUCUGGAGCGGGGCAGCUCGGCGCGGGAGGCCCUGGAGGUGAUGACGGCGCUGCUGGAGCGCCACGGGCAGGGCGGGAGCUGCAAGGAGCAGCCGGAGCCCUUCGUGUACCACAACACCUUCCUGCUGGCCGACCGCAGCGAGGCCUGGCUGCUGGAGACCGCCGGGCGCUACUGGGCGGCGCAGCGGAUCCGCGAGGGCAGCCGCAACAUCUCCAACCAGCUGAGCAUCGGCAGCGAGAUCACGGCGGAGCACCCGGGGCUGCGGGAGCGGGCGCGCAGCCAGGGCUGGUGGAGCGGGCACGGCGAGUUCAGCUUCGCCCGGGCCUUCUCCCUGGAGAAGGAGCCCCCGCGCAUGGAGGCUGCCAGGGCACGGCUGAGAGCGGGCAGGGAGCUGCUGCAGCGGCACGCAGGUCACAUCACGGAGGAGACGCUGAUGUCCAUCCUGCGGGACAAGGCCGGCGGGAUCUGCGUGGACGGCGCGGGGUUCCGCACGGCGGGCAGCAUGGUGUCCGUGCUGCCCCGCGACCCCGCGCUGCCCUGCGUGCACUUCCUCACGGGCACGCCGGACCCGUCCCGGUCCGUGUUCAAGCCCUUCGUGUUCGUGGCCGGCGUGCGGGCGGCGCCGCAGGUGCGCUCCCCGAGCUUCCCGCAGGACCCCGCCCGGCAGAUCCCGCGGUUCCGGCGCUCCGUGGAUCGGCGGCACGAGCUGUACCGGCGGCACCAGGCGGCGCUGGAGCUCAUGGAGCGCGACCCGGAGCGGGGCCGGCGGCUGCUGGGCACGCUGCAGGAGCUGGAGCAGCAGGGCCUGCAGGGCAUGCGGGAGCUGCUGCAGGGCACCGUCAGCCCCAGCCCCCAGGAGCUGGCCGACCUCUUCCUGGACUGCGUGGAGGCCGAGAUGAAGUUCUACACCUGAGCCCCACAGGCUCAGCGCCCGCCGCCGCCGCGCCCGCCCCGCCAGCUCCCGGCGCAGAUCCCCCAGGAACCCUGCCCGGAGGG